AUGCUUGGUUUGGCCAUUGUUGGUAUUAUUGGAGGGGUCGGUCUUGGAGUUUGGGUUAUUUGGCCAUCGGUUGUCCGCACAUGCAAACUCAGGACACACGUCACAUCCGACAGGACCUCUGAAUCCACCCCUCUCCUAAAUCAAGAUCGAGCUGAUCAUCAGCGCAGUGGACUAAUUGAAGGGGGUGAACAGAGGGAUCCUACUGUCACGUUAGGCAGCGACACAUUACUCUGUUCCAUCUGUGCGAAUCUGGAUUUUCACCAGAUCUUCCUUGAUGGCAUCCCUAAGGCGAAAGAGAUCCCGCUCGGCUCACUCUCAUCCAUCUUAGAAAAAUCCUAUCAAUGCAAUUUCUGCCGCCUCAUAUCCUUUCAUGUCCGUCGGACGUGGAUGUGGGACAAGCUUCCUCACGUCGAUCCCUCAGGGAUUGCAUGUGGGCUGUUCUCGAUUAGUUGUGGUUCUCUUCGGCCGUCCUUUUAUCCCAGAUCCAAAUUUCGUUGUUACCGCCUCCAGGUCACUAUUGGGAGCCCGAUGGGCCUGUGGUGGAGACACCCAGCUCUCAAUACAGCAUACCCGCCAACAAUUCACCUCAUGCAAGAUGAUGCUUUCAAGUUUGGGAGACCGACCGAUCUUCAUGGCCGUAGGGUGAAGAACACUGUUGAUAUCAGUCUGGUGAAGAAGUGGAUGAAGCUAUGUCAGGAGAACCAUGGAGAUGGUUGUGAGAAUGCUUGGAAGAUGGACAAGAAACUACCCGGAUUUUAUUGGACGAUGAAGGAUAAUAUAGCGGAGCGCUCUAAGCCUGGCGGGUUGAACGCGGCAAACCUUCCCGACACCAUCACUGAUUCUAUUCUAUUCGUUCGACAACUUGGUGAACGUUACAUAUGGAUCGACGCUCUAUGCAUCAUUCAAGAUGAUUUGCAUGACAAGUUCACUCAGAUACACGCUAUGGAUUCGGUCUACGGUCUAUCUUAUCUCACGAUUAUCGCUGCUGGCAGCACGACAGCUCGAGAUCCUCUCCCAGGAUGCCGUCCACGAACUAGAACAGUACAACAACAUAUCGAGGUUGUUCAAGGACUUCAUCUCUAUGUAGCUCCUCCAAGACCUACGGAUGUUCUCGCUCUGUCCGCAUGGAAUACGCGUUGCUGGACCUAUCAAGAGAGUGCGCUCUCGCGCCGAAGGAUAUACUUCACUGCACAGCAAGUCUACUUUGAGUGCCAAAAUGAUAUUUUCUGCGAAGACAUCAUCGCUGAAAGCAAGCGUCCCCAACUCUCUCGCAGCUUUCUUCAGUCCUCCUUUGGAGACCGCUUCCCAGACCUUUCCUCCUUUUCGGGUUACAAGGGUGCCGUAGAGAGAUAUACACGGCGCAAUCUCACCGUAGAAUCAGACAUUGUUGAUGCUUUCACGGGCGUGACAAAUGCCCUGGCAAUACGAUAUGGGCUCGGUGACCCCGCCAGCGCCUUUCAAUAUGGAAUGAUGUUGACGGAACUGCAUCUCGCGCUUCUUUGGCAACAUCAUCCACACACACCCCACAUUCGCCGUGCGCCCCCUGACGGAGGCAUCUCACCUUGGCCUUCCUGGGCAUGGGCUGCGUGGCGUGGCGCUGUUAUCCACGUCUCAGAGGGUGGGUAUCAAGGGACUCGAAUCAGGAACUUAGGUGACGAUUUGUCCGUGACUAAAACGCUUAUUGAUCCUUGGUACAUGGUGGACCGCCGUGGCGAUAUAACCCAGCUCAAUGUGCGUCGGGUUUCCCGGGUCUUUUUCGUGAAUCGCAGGACAGAGGAAGAGAACCCUGCAUAUUCUUCUCCGCAAGGGAUCAUAGACCUAACGGAGCUGACCCAUCGACCGCUAGAAACAGGCACCCUCAUCUUCCGCACGACUUCCAGCCACUUUGGCAUUGCAAGGCGAAGUGGUGAAGAAACCCAAGAAUCAAACGAACCUGUUCACUAUGGUCACUUCAAUAUUCUCUGCACCACAUCUUCCCCUCCCAGUUGGGUUGGCACUACCAUCCUGCCACUGGACCCUGCCCCGCCGCCUUCUCUCGAGUUCAUCGUCCUUUCCCGUACUUACGAUACGGGCGGUGUGCACAACGAGGAGAAUUUGAUGGUUCGAGAUGAAUACUUGCUACAUGUGAUGGCGGUUAGUCAGAAUGAAGGCUUGAUGGAACGUGUUGGGUUGGGCGUCAUUCAUGAAGCCGCCUGGAUUACUUCAAGGCCAGAGGAGAAGGUAGUGUUUCUUCGAUAAUGGCCGGUGGUGAUAGUUUGAAGUAGUUUGACCUUGGUUGUUUAAAAGUAAUGAUUUAUUGUUCUUCGGAUUGUUGACUACUAAACAGUCACGACUCUAGCUUCUGAAUCAAGGGCGUGUAUGUAUAUGACCGACGGGAUGCAGACAGUGCGAUGUUUUCGUGUUGGUCGUCGUGAUGCAUGGAUAAUAUACAUAUUGAAUAUUAAGAACAACCCGGCGUGCUCUCUUCGCAGCUCCGUCAUGCAUAUGGACCUGGCAGCCCAUGUACACACUCCUUUUCAUGCUCCUCUUUAUCUUAGUCUCCCGUAGGCAGAAUGAAGAGACAGUCAUUCCUUCUAUAUUAUGUCUUUACUAUCUCCUUCAGAUUCACCGGUUUCAUCCGCAUAACGUCACGAUGUGGCUGUUUGCUUGGAGGCUGCAAACGUACCGU